UGUGUGUGUGUGUGUGUGUGUGUGUAGGCAUACAUGGUUUACAAGACCAAUUUUCAGGUUUACUCACCAGCAUUACGAGACCAAUCGGGUUACGGAACCGAUUUUGAUGGUCUCGUAAACAUAAAUCUUUUUGAUGCUAUAACUAUUGAAUAUUAAUUAUAUAAGGCAUUAUGAAUACAUGUGUGAUUACAUAGAUUCUAGUGCUAACAGUUAAUAUAGUUGUUCUACAGUAAUGGCCAACCCCCUGCCUUUCUGAGGUUCAUACAUAUUGGUCUCACAAGGCAGGAUGGGUUUGUGAGACCAAGACGUGUGUGUCCAACAGCGCCCCCAGAGGCUGCAAGAGACAUUGCAAGUUAUACACGUUUCCGCGAAAAUACACACAAUGACGCGCCAAUUUUACACACAACGCGGGAAAUUCAGCGGGCUUGCAGUGUGGACAUGCCGGGAAGACAGGGAUGAACUUCGAAAAUGAGGCGAGGCAGACUAGACCCCAUUUGUGAUGCACAAAAUCACGUAAGACUGCAGAAGGAGAAAGCGUUGUGUGUCUGGAGAUACAUCAACCCCAUCAAAGGAAGAGGUGUGUUUGCAUUGGAGCCCAUUCAUAAAGGUUCAUUCGUUUUGGAGUACAGAGGAGUUUUGAAGACGACUGAUAAGACUACAGCGUGGAAUGAGUAUACAUACGUCUUCAAACACAAAGGAACGGAACAUUGCAUUGAUGCUUCAAGUGAAGAUGGGACACUUGGCAGACUCGUGAAUGAUGCUGAAAAACCAAAUGCAAAAAUGAAAAAAAUAGAGGUGGAUGGUGUACCCAGUCUGUGUUUGUUUGCCAUUGUUGACAUUGAGGAAGGGCAAGAAAUAACCUAUGACUACGGAGGAGAAAACCUGCCAUGGCGUUCUUCCCAAAGGCAUCAAAUAUCCAAGCCUAUGGCUCCAAGUACAGUAGAGAAACCUGUUCUCCACACACCAGUCGUCUCUCCAUCUACAGGCGACAUACCAUUCCUUUCCUCCACUGUGCUCCCUGAAGAGCAGCAAGCCAAGAGGCCAGGGGGUUGCAAUGAUGGUUUUGAAGAACAGAGAGGAAGGAAGAGAAGAAAGCAAGAUAAUUCAGGAGGAAUGAGGAAGAGAGAGACGGAUUGCAAGAAACAUCGUGUUGUGAAAGAGAACUUGGGCUCAUUUGAAAAAUGCUCACUUUGCCGUGGGCCAUUUUCUUCAUUGAAGUGGUGGGGGCUAAGAUGUGAAGUUUGCACCACUGUCUGGCAUACAUACUGCUUUCACUCCAAAGACAAAAGACAAAAGACUUUGCCUAUGGCUCCAUGUACAGUAGAGAAACCUGUUCUCCACACACCAGCCGUCUCUCCAUCUACAGACCACUCAACUGUCGUCUCUCCAUCUACAGACCACUCAACUGUCGUCUCUCCAUCUACAGACCACUCAACUGUCGUCUCUCCAUCUACAGACCACACACCAGUUGUCUCUCCAUCUGCAGACCACUCACCAGUUGUCUCUCCAUCUGCAGACCACUCACCAGUCGUCUCUCUAUCUGCAGGCAACACACCAUUUCUCUCCUCUACAGUGCUCCCUGAAGAGAAUAAAAGUGACUUCAGUGAAGAGGAGCUAUCGGAUGAUGUAUCUGAUCCAGAAUACGUUCCAGGCUCAGAAAGUGACACAGAGGAUGAGGAACCAAUAAACAGCUUGGCAAACCCAACAUUACAGGUCGCUGAAGAAUCACUAAUGGAUACCUCUAUGAACUGUAAUGUCACAGAUGACACCCCUAACACUGGACAAUCUUGCACCAACACAGUACCUUCAACCAGUGUUGUAAAAGCAGGACAAAAUUUCUGCUUCAUUUGCAAGGAUUUUCAUUUCAAAAUAGCGCGGCAUUAUAAAACUCACAUAAAAGAGAAUUCUGAUGUUGCAUAUGCCCUUAGUCUCCCAGCAAGCUCAACAACUAGGAAGAAGCUUCUAGAGAAUCUUCGCAACAGGGGAAACUUUGAGUAUAACAGAGAUGUGCUGAAAAAAGGAAGUGGUCAGCUCAAAGUGAAGCGCAGAGCCAAGAAGGUUGAAUGCAAAAAAUAUGAAUAUUGUAUCCAUUGUAAGGGUAUGUUUUUGCGACCAGAACUAUGGAGACAUAUGAAAAGGUGCUCCUCCAAACCAGAGGAACAGGAUCAUCAAGGAAGAAAAAGAGUGCUCGGCCUAGCAUCUGCAAUCCAGUCAGCAUGUUCAAGCACAGUUGAUGAUGGGGUGCUUAAAAUGUUAAGCCAUAUGCAUGACGAUGUCAUUGCAAGUGUUAUUCGUAAUGACUUCUGCCUUCUUCGGUAUGCUGACACCCUUUCGCAAAACAUGGACAUGACCCUUCAAAACAUGACUAUAUCCGCCAAAAAAUCCGUCAGCUGGGAAGAUUCCUGCAAACCAUUCGCAAAAGGUCUUAAUCCUAACCUUAGAGGAUGCCAUAAAACCAGGUAA